CUGAUGUUUUUUUCUCUAUAUUUUCUUUGUAAAUUACUAAACUUUUCUAUCUAUUACAGUUUAUGCACUAUGGAUCAAGCUGCUUUUGAACUUCAGCUGCGUCAAACGCUGCAAGGCAAGGCUGAAAAUGCUGUCAUCCAGCCCGCUCUCCAGCGUGAUCAGUGGUUGCAGGAUUUGUUAAGAAUCAAUUCUUCUGGAGCCCAGUCUACAUUUGACUAUAACCUCAAGAAACGCUAUGAAGUUCUGCGUGUUGGCAAUGCUGACCGACUUAUUCGCAAAAGAAAAGAUACCAGUGAACAUGAAUUUAAGUUUGUUGCAUGUGUAGAAGAAGUGUUUGGUAUUAUUAAAACAGCUCAUGAAGCUAUUGGCCAUGGAGGUGGCAAGAAAACAAUUGCAGAAGUGAGAAAGAAAUGGUCAAACAUCACACAAGAAGUAUGCUACCUCUACAUUUCAUUCUGUGAGCACUGUCAUCAAAAGAAAGCCAGAAAAACUCCAAAGGGUUUGGUAGUAAAACCGGUACGCAGUCAUGAUAUCCAUUCUAGAUGCCAGAUAGAUCUUAUAAAUUUUCAAACAUUACCUGAUGGAAACUUUAAGUACAUCAUGACAUAUGUAAAUCAUUUCAGCAAAUUUUGUGUGUUGCGUCCACUGACAUCAAAAAGAGCAGAGGAAGUCGCAGCGAACCUUCUAGAUAUAUUUCUGACAUUUGGAGCACCUGCUAUUUUACAUUCCGACAACGGACGGGAGUUUGUGAAUGCCAUCAUCACCGAGCUUUCAAUGCUAUGGCCAGAGCUGAAGCUGGUGACUGGACGCCCACGUCAUCCUCAAAGCCAAGGAGCUGUUGAACGUCUAAACGGUGUGAUCCAGGACAAACUAACCAUUUGGAUGAGGGAAAAUAACAGCAAAAAGUGGUCAGUAGGUCUUAAGUUUGUUCAGUGGCAAGUUAAUAUCAGUCAGCAUGAAACAACUGGCCACAGUCCUUUUAAAGUUACAUUUGGACUAGAUCCGCAAGUUGGAUUAGCAUCAUCUAUCGUGCCAAGUACAGCUUUUUGUAAUAUAUUCACCGAGGAAGAUCUCGAGUCAUUUCUGGAAGCAGAGACUGAGGCAGAAGCAGAGACAGAAGCAGAGACAGGUGCAGAGGCAGAGGCAGGGGAAGAGGCAGAAGCAGAGACACGGGCAGAGACAGUAGCUACGAAUUUCCAAAAGAUCCGUGUUGCAGCUAAUAUAGGACAAUCAAAGGCAGCAGCACGGAUGACAAGACGCGGCAAAAACCUGCUUAAGCCAUUGUCCAUUGGUCAGUGUGCUACGCUGAGGGUUCCAGAUGUCGAUCGUGGUCCAACAGAUCCAAAAAAUCUGUUAGUAGUCAUCCUUAAGGAAGAAGAAGGACUAUACACUGUAGGUUGUCGGGAGGGAAUUAUUAGAACAAAAUUUACACCAGCUGACCUAAGUGGGAUCAAACAGACCCUUAUAAAGUCUGAAGAGGUUCCUGAUAUCUGCCUAUCGAUGAGAACAGCAACAGCAAGAGCCACUGGUGGGCAAGGUUAUACAAAGUGUCAAUGUACUACUCAAUGUACAUCAGGAAGGUGCAGCUGCCUAAGAAAAGAAAUUAAAUGCAACUCGCGCUGUCACCCAGGCAGAUCAUGCAAAAAUUUGUGAUUGGACUCAACUGAACCCUGAGAUCGAUUGACCUAUUUUACUUAUACUAAUAUUGCAUUAAUUAAUUAUGUUUUCCUUAUUCACAUUGGGCAAAAUUGAGCUGCAUAAUUUGAACAAUAGGCAUUUUUUGCCUAAUGUUAACAAUUUGUAAACUUUACGCAACCUACUUGCUUGAUGUACACAUUAG